CGCCCGCGCCCCAGGCGCACUUCUGCUUGCUCGGCUGUGGAGCCGGCCAGUCUCCGAGUUCCGCGGCUUGUCUGCCGGCGCCGCUCCCUCGCCUUCCCACUGGUCCCUCCCCCAAUUACAGCGGUCGGGCAGUGCCUGGCCGGCGGCCCGCGGGCGGGCCGCCCUCCCCACCGUAGCCCACCCCCCUCUUAAAGCGGCGGCGGGAAGAUGAGGUUUCGGGAGCCGCUCCUGGGCGGCAGCGCCGCGACGAUGCCUGGCGCGUCCUUGCAACGGGCCUGCCGCCUGCUCGUGGCUGUCUGCGCGCUGCAUCUUGGCGUCACCCUCAUCUACUACCUGUCUGGCCGCGACCUAAGCCGCCUGCCUCAGCUGGUCGGGGUCCCCACACCGCUGCAGGGAGGCUCUAACAGCGCCGCCGCCAUCGGGCAGCCCUCCGGGGAGCUCCGGCCCCGAGGGGCCGCACCGCAGCCGCCUUUGCGCGCCUCCUCCAAGCCGAGCUCGGGUGGCGACUCCAGCCCAGACGCAGACUCUCGCCCGGGCCCAGGACCCGCCAGCAACUUGACUUCGGCCCCAGUGCCCUCCACUGCAGCACGGUUGCCGCCCGCAUGCCCUGAGGAGUCCCCGCUGCUCGUCGGCCCCAUGCUGAUUGAGUUUAACAUGCCCGUGGACCUGAAGCUUGUGGAGAAACAGAACCCGGAGGUGAAUAUGGGUGGUCGCUACACCCCCAAGGACUGCACCUCUCCUCACAAGGUGGCUAUCAUCAUUCCAUUCCGCAAUCGGCAGGAACACCUCAAGUAUUGGCUGUAUUACUUGCACCCAAUCCUACAGCGUCAGCAGUUGGACUAUGGCGUCUAUGUUAUCAACCAGAUAUUCCCCAAGUUUCAAACGACAGAUGUCCAAGUGCUGUUUGCUCCUGCCUGCUCCCAAUCCAAGUUGGCAGAACAACUAAGCAAGGCAGCUGGGACCAGUGACACCUCUGUGCUGGCUAAUGCUGCCUAGGACAGAGCUUCUCCAGGGUGUGCUUUCUGAAGUGGAGAUCUGAGGCCAAGUGCAUCUGAGGUGUGCUGGAAUGAACAACACAAAGCGGGUUUCAUCCUGCAGAACCUUCAGCAUGCUGGUGCACAUUUCAGCCUCCAGAAGGACUCAGCACGCGGUGUUUCCUGAGCUUGUCUGACUGGAGAACCAUUUUCCAAGAAUUAUCUCAAGUGAUGAGUGUUCUGUGAAUCAAACUUUGGGGAAAGCAGGCCUGCGUUGGCAUCCUCUCCCCUUUUAACUUGCCCUAGGAUGCUGAGAAACACCCCCUCCCUUAUCUUUUCCCACCUGUAUCUUAGCACUGGAAAAAACUAGUUUUUUAAACAUUUACAGCUUUUAUUCUCUAGUCUUAUCUGUAUCAUUGUCUUCCCCUCCCCGCCCUGCCCCAAUCAUAGCUUUUUGCUUCUUUAUCUUUUUCCUCUCUUCCAUGGGUUAACUUUUCACCUUAGAGAAUCAUUUCCUUCUUAUCUCCCUCCCCUCCCCAGCUAAUCUCAUUUCUUCUGCUGCUUUGCUCUCAUUAUUUCUUUGGGAAAAUAGAAUCUGACUUCCAGGUAACUAAGUCAUGAAAAAACUGGUAAGUCUGCUCUACCUUUCCAGUAAAGACUAUCCUGGAUGGGCUCUAUAAUAAAAAGUGACGAUAGGAGUUCCUGUUGUGGCGCAGUGGUUAACGAAUCCGACUAGGAACCAUGAAGUUGCAGGUUCGGUCCCUGCGUUUGCUCAGUGGGUUAAGGAUCCGGCGUUGCCGUGAGCUGUGGUGUAGAUUGCAGAUGCAGCUCGGAUCCCGCAUUGCUGUGACUCUGGCAUAGGCCGGAGACUACAGCUCCGAUUCGACCCCUAGCCUGGGAACCUCCAUAUGCCGUGGGAGUGGCCCAAGAAAUGGCAAAAAGACA